AACUGACCCAGGUAACCAAGCCAUUGACACUGACCACACCAUCAGUAGCAUAGCAGUGCACUGUACCUGGGUGACAGACGGGAGAUCAGCCUUUGUAGCCACAAACACAAUGGGCACUUGCGACGAGGCCAUGACACUCUAUGCGGUGGGAGAGAUAGGCGAGUUAAUUCGGUAG